CUCGGGGACCCGCAGCGGCAUUCCUGUCUGCGCCGCGGACAGGCCGGCCUCUCUGGCCCCGGAGGAGGGGGCGCCGCCGAGAGAAGCCGCCGCAGGCUGCAGAGUCGCCGGCCGCGCCGCUCGCAGGGGGACCCCGAGCUGCUUGCACGGCCGCGCGCGCACCGGAGGGCGGGAGACGUGUCCGCGGGCAUGGGCCGCUUCUCGCUGGAGCCGCUCGGCCUCCCCGGCCUGGCCCUGGCUACGGCCCUGCUGGUCCUGGCCCUGUGCCUGCGCGCCCGGCGCACCAGGAGACCUGGUGAGCCUCCACUGAUAAAAGGUUGGCUUCCUUAUCUUGGAAUGGCCCUGAAAUUCCAGAAAGAUCCCUUGAAUUACAUAAAAACUCUUCAAAAGCAGCACGGUGACAUUUUCACUGUUCUCCUUGGGGGGAAGUACAUAACAUUUAUCCUGGACCCUUUCCAGUACCAGUUAGUGUUGAAAAAUCACAAACAAUUAAGCUUUCGAGUAUUUACUAAUAAAUUAUUACUGAAAGCAUUUUCCAUCAAGAAGUUGAAUGAUGAAAUGAAUGAUGAGCUUCACCUCUGCUAUCAACUUUUGCAAGGCAAAUCUUUGGACACACUCUUGGAAAACUUAAUGCAGAAUCUAAAACAAGUGUUUGAACCCCAACUAUUAAAAACCACAAGUUGGGACACGGCACAAUUGUUUACAUUCUGCAGCUCAAUAAUAUUUGAGAUCACAUUUACAACCAUCUACGGAAACAUCCUUGCUGGCAACAGGAAAAAACUUAUUAGUGAGCUAAGAGAUGAUUUUUUAAAAUUUGAUGACAAGUUCCCAUAUUUAGUAUCCGACGUACCCAUUGAGCUUCUAGGAAAUACCAAGUCUCUUCAGAAGAAACUCAUAAAAUGCUUAAUGUCAGAAAACUUAGCUAAGUUGCAAGGAUACUCAGAAGUUUUUCAAAUGAGGCAAGAUAUCCUGGAUAAAUACUAUGCGCGUGAGGACUUUGAAAUGGGAGCACAUCAUUUAGGCUUUCUCUGGGCCUCUGUGGCAAACACCAUUCCAACUAUGUUCUGGGCAAUGUAUUAUCUUCUGCAGCACCCAGAAGCUAUGUCAGCGGUGCGUGACGAAAUUGACCGUUUGCUACAGUCAACAGGUCAAAAGAAAGGGCCUGGAUUUUCCAUCCACCUCACCAGAGAACAAUUGGACAGCCUGAUCUGCCUAGAAAGCACCAUUCUCGAGGCUUUGAGACUGUGCUCGUUUUCCAGCACCAUUCGUUUCGUGCAGGAGGAUUUGACUCUCGAUUCAGAGCUCAAGGACAGCUGUGUACGAAAGGGAGACUUGGUAGCCAUCUUUCCUCCAGUCUUGCAUGUUGACCCUGAAGUCUUUGAAGCUCCAGAGGAGUUUAGAUAUGAUCGUUUCGUAGAAGAUGGUAAGAAGAAAACCACCUUUUAUAAAAGAGGGAAAAAGCUGAAGUGUUACCUAAUGCCAUUUGGAUAUGGAGCCAGCAAAUGUCCAGGUCGAUUUUUGGCAGUGGUUGAAAUAAAGCAAUUGUUGGUUGUACUUUUAACUUACUUUGAUUUAGAAAUAAUUGAUGAUAAGCCUAUAGAACUAAACUACAAGCGCAUGAUGUUUGGUAUUCAGCAUCCAGAUUCUGAUGUUUUGUUUAGGUACAAAGUAAAAUCUUAGAAAAGCUAAAAGAAAAGAAAAGAAAUCUAUCAAAAUUAACCAAAAGAUCCAGAGAUCAUCUAUUUGUUUUUAAUUUCUGCACAUUGAAUUGCUUUGUUUAUUUGUUUAAAAUGUGCCAAUUUCUCUUUGAUCUGAGAUCAAUCCAGUUUGUACUUGGUCACAAAGCCUAUCAUAAAAUAAAACAGGAUGGUGGCAUGAAAAUUGACGUCAAAAUAAACUUAAUGAUAAGCU